AUGCGGCGGUGUACAUCCCUGGAGGCCUCCGCGCUGAUGUGGGCGGUCAUCGGCAUCCUGGAGGUCGCGCCGUGCUUCGUUCCUGUGCCGCUCCUUUCGUCUCCGAACGGGUCGGAGACACGACGGACUCCCUGGUGGAGGACUCCCUGGAGGAGGGCUCCCUGGACUCCCUGGCCGCCAUACGCCUUCCCCGUGCUGAUGCUGGGCCUCGGGAUGACCUUCUCCCUCGCGGUUGCGGUCACCAUGUUCGGGCGUCCAGUGGGGAUCAAGUUCAUGAUAGUGCUGGUGGUCUCCGUGACGCCCGCCGUGUUCCUGGUGAUGCCCACGCUGACCUUGGGGGAGGCGUCUCACCUGGUGCUGAUGGUGGUGUUCCUGGUCGUGCUCUUCCUGGAGCCGGUGCUGGUGCAGUCCAAUCCCGCCGUGCCGCUCCUGGAGUUGUUGGCGUUCCGGACCCCGCGCCUUGCGGGCGCGUGGUCGAGGGCGCCGCCCUGCGGGACCGCACCGACGCCCUCCUCGGCGUCCAGAGCCGCUAUCGGCAGCUGGCGGCCCAGAUCACCCGUCUGA